AUGGCUCUGAAAGUCCUCAUUUGCGGUGGAGGUGUUGCAGGUCCGGCCUUGGCCUACUGGCUCGGCAUUGAGGCCGUCAAACGCAUGGGUCUCACCUACGCGGUUCGCCGAAAACUCGUUGACGAGGCAGGUGUCUCCCUCAUUGACACCAAGGGCAAUGUCAAGGUGACGACCCUCGCCAACAAAUCUGGCAAGGGUGCAAAGUCUCUAACAUCCGAGUAUGAGAUCAUGCCGGGAGAUCCUGUGCGCAUGUUAUACGAAGCAACAAAAGACAACGUGGAGUAUUUCUUUGGCAGGACGGUGGACCCCUUCACGGAAAAUGGCUGA